AGAGUUGGUGAAGAUGUGGGGUGGGAGUGGGGGGAGGGAGAUCCCCAAAAAGCUUAGUUCCUUACUCACAGAGCUAACCCUUGAGUGUCUGCCAAGGCCCUCCUCUCUUCCCUGAUCCCUAAUCUCUUAGCACUAGGUCUUCCUAAUAACCUCUAGGACCCAGCUCAGCUCACCCUUGCCCUUCUAAAGCCAUCCCACUCCUUCCCAGGGGUCUGGAUCCUGGAGAGGGACUGAGUAGGGUCAGCGAGUCAUGUGCCCCCCCUGGGACUUCAGCCAGGCCCAGCUCCUGGACAGUAUCCUAGGGCUGGGGGCACUAGGAGUGACAAUUCGAACCAUCUUCUCAACGGCUGGCCUAGCCCUGCUGCUCCUGUUGCUGACCAGCUUCCUUGUUUUUGACCUGCUCUAUGGGCCCACAGGUGCCAACCUGCCACGACACAGACUUCUCCCAAUGGGUCAGAGCCAGGGGGCUGGUGAAGGCCCAGGACAGCAAGCAGCUCCCCUCUCUCCAACAAAGAUGGCCUCGGGACUGCUCAGCCUGCAGGAUGCGCUGCUCCUGCUGUUCCUGGGCCUGCGCCUGUUCUUGGGAGGCUCUGGUAUACCCUUAGCCAUGCUGGGCCUAGCUUUCUGUAUCCAUCCUUGGGCCUGAGGGCCCUCCUAAAGCUGAAUGCCUUCUGAAAAUACAACAUCCAAUCUGCUCUCUCA